AUGACAACUGGGAAGAAUCAAAAUCGUCAAUUGGGAGGAUACAAAGCGACUUUACAUAAUCCUCAUACAGGUGAUCCGGCAAAAGAUAAAGCUGAAGAUAAACUUGAAUCACAUGGUGUGAUAGUCGAAAAAAGACCGGAUCAUCAUCAUCCGCAUGCCCAUCAUUUGAGGUCGGAUGAUAAACCCAAGUUUCCCGCGGAGGGAGAGUCUGAAGGUGAGGAAGAUAAGAAGAGGGAGGAUGAGGCAAAAGAGAGAAGGGUAUUGGGGGGAUAUAAGGCGACAUUGAGCAACCCCCACGCAUCCCCCAAAGCGAAAGAACACGCCGCUCAAGUUCUCGCCCAACGUGGAUAG